GCGGUUGAUUCCGCACCACGACGUCGAGUACUUACCGAUUUGCGGAUGCUGCCGCUGCCAGUGGGCGAUGCCGCGGGGAUGCGUGUCGCGCCCCGGAUCCGCGUUGCGCUCGUGCAGCUGCGCCCGAAGCUGGGGCACGUCCAGGCGAACAUCGCGCGCGCCAAGGAGCUCUGCAGAAAAAUCCCGCCGCACUCGGUCGACCUGGUGUGCUUCCCGGAGCUCGCGUUUACCGGGUAUGCGUUCCCCGACGCGCGCGCGAUCGCGCCGCACUUGGAGCCCCCGCGGACGGGCGCGACGGGCGUGUUCUGCGCGGCGCUCGCGCGCGAGCUGGGGUGCGCGGUGCUCGCGGGGUACCCCGAGAGGCUGGACCCGAACGGCGCGGAGCCCGGCCCGGCAGGCGCGAACAGCGCGGUGCUGUUUGGGCCGGACGGGGCGUGCAUUGGCGGGACGCGGAAGACGAACUUGUACCCCGUCGACAAGACGUGGGCCCGGCCGGGUGGGCUACCAUCUCUUGCCCCUUUGUGUUCUGAUUCGCCUGCAGGGAAUGGAUUCGCCACAUUCACCAUCCCGCUCGCGGGUCCGGGGCGGGCCGCACCUCAGUCGGCGCGCGUGGCGGUCGGGAUCUGCAUGGACCUCAACGCCGCGCCGCCGCACGCGUGGACGACCGAAGGCGGGCCGUACGAGCUCGCGGACUACGCCCUCGCGGAGCGCGCCGACGCGCUCGUGCUGCUGAACGCGUGGCUCGACUCGCGGCAGUAUCCGGAGCACAGCCAUGACCUGUCGACGCUCAACUUCUGGGCGCAGCGCCUGCGCCCGAUGUGGGUGCGGAACACGGCUGCCACGCCCGAUGCGGCGGGCCGGGAGACGCUCGUGGCGAUAUGCAACCGCGGGGGCGUCGAAAAUGACACGGUGUAUGCGGGCUGCUCGGCGGUCUUCCGGAUGCGGCGCGGCGCGGGGGAGAGGGGGCUGCUGCGUGCGGCGCUGGGGCGGAGAGAGGAGGACGUGUUGAUUUGGCCGGCGGUGGGGGAAGGGGAGGAGGAGGAGGAGGAAGGCUCCAGUGAGGAGGAGGAGGACGGGUAA